CGGCCGCUGUGGGGACGGCGCGAGCGCCAGCUCUGGGUCUCGCCGCGGCGGGGCGGCGGCGGCGGGCGGCGGCAUGAGGGUGAGCCUGGGCGUCCUCUCCCUCUUCGUGGCCCUGGUGGGAGUUUUAAGCUUCAUCUUCCUCGUGGUGGCCAUCGCGACGGACUUCUGGUACAUCAUCGAUGCCUCCAAGCUGGAGACGUCCCGCAACGGCACGGACGCCCUCAGCUCGCACUCGGGGCUGUGGCGGACCUGCCGCGUGAGGAGUGAAUGUUACCCUCUGAUAAACCCUUUCUGGCAUGAGAAUGCAAACAUCACCGAUUCACACAGACAGCUUUUGUACAUGCAUGGAACAUUUGUCAUCCUGAUGCCUCUCAGCCUGAUAUUGAUGAUUUUUGGAGGAAUGACUGGAUUCAUCAGUAUUCUUGCAAGGGCCUACCUACUGCUUCUAAUGACAGGACUGCUUUUUCUUUUUGGAGCUCUCGUUACACUUACUGGGAUCAGUGUCUAUAUUGCAUAUUCAGCUGCUGCCUUCAAAGAAGCUGUCUGCCUCCUGAGGAGUAAGGAUCUCCUGGUAGAAAUUGACAUCAGGUUUGGCUGGUCACUGGCACUAGUCUGGAUCUCAUUUGUCGCAGAAGUGCUCACUGGGGCUGUGUUUCUCCUGGCAGCAAGAGUUGUGGGUCUGAAACGGCGACGUGAGCAGGCGUUAUGAUCAACAGGAUCUUUCUUUUCCCUCAUAUCUCCCCAAAGAGGCCAUCCUCUCUCCUGUAUCACAAUAGCACUAUUUCUUUGGGACAACACACAACAAUGGGAUGAUUUGAGAAACCAGAGAACCCCAGAAGCCUAAUCCCUGCCAGCUAUGUGUAACAUCUGAGGAGAGACACAACAUCAUGUUCUCUUUCCUAAAAUCAUUACUUACAGGGUGAAAACAAAGAAAUUAGUCAUUUUCUAAAAUUGUGCUUUGGUGCUGUAAUAAAAUGAAAUGAUGUAAGGCAUAGAUACUGUGAAUGACUUGAUAUUAGUUCUCCGGCAGACAGUAGUGACUACUGAUGGUGAAGUUCUCAAGUGCAGUUCGAUGAGUGUACUGCAAGAGAAAGAUACAGCUGCUUUUCCAGAUGUUUUAACGAACUACUGUAGCCAGCCCCAAUCUAUCAGAUGCUCAGGCUACAUACUUAUCUUUCAGCUUAUUACUAUCUGCUUUUUCAAUUCUGUAAUGCAGAAGAUGAAUCUGAUGCAUUUCCCAGUUUUUAUUUAGCAAUUUUGAUGAUGCUUCAUGGUCAUGAUGUAUGCAGAUGGUUUGUGAUAGAAUAUGUUUAACUUGUGCUGAAAACUGCUGAGUAAAACUGAAUGCACAGGAUACCUGAAUUUAAUCUUAGGUGUCAAGCAAUCUAUUUAUUAGUUUUUCCUCUGGGUAAUAGUGUUUAAGAGAAAAUUUAUUUCAGUGCCCACUCAAGUUAAUGAAGAAAAUUUCCCCUGACUGCUGUGGCUUUGAAUAAAGAUUUUAAUGUAUUAACAUCUCUACUACAUUUCUGCCAGAUCAUGUAUUUCUGGAGGACUUCAGCAUAUUACAGUUCAAGACUGUGACUCAGGAGCUGUGUCAGCAAGGCACACUGUGUCAUUGGGCAAGUCCCUUGUACUUUUUCCAGUAGUGCAAAGGGCAUCAUUUAGCUACCUCUGUUAAGUAUCAGAACAAUUUUAUCAUUGUGACUUGUGUUAAAGAUUGCACAUUUACUCUUACUGAGCUCAGCUCUAAUCUUAGUCCCACCGUACCAAUUACUUAAUAAAAAAUAGUGGCAGGGAGCUUCUGAGAGCUUACAGUCUUUGGAGAUAUAAGGAAACAUUAUUACUACCAUGCUGUGAAUGGAGAACUGAGGCAGAAAUCUGUCCAAGGUCACAUGAAACUUGAUUUUCUGAAUCCCAGUUGAAGACCUUAGUUGGCAGACCUUGCUUGUUAUCAGAAUGGAAUAAGGCUAGAAAUCCUGAAUAGACUUAGCAGUAGAAAUUCAGUGAAUAGCCAGUACAAUUUCGUAAUUCUCACUUGCUCCCACAUUGAUUUUCACAUAUUUUCUGUGUUGCCUUAUGUUCAGACUGUUUAAUUGAGUCAUUUUACAAGUUAAAGUAUACCAAAUCAGCUCUAUAAGAAGAACAAGAAAAAAAUCAUUUGUAGCCAAAAUUCCAUGUGCUUAAGUGAAAUGUAAAAUGCAAUAUUUCUAUGGUUUGGUGUUGGUGAAGCUACUUAUAAUUUGUAUGGUGUUACUCAGACAUUACUGUAAGAUGUAACAGUAAAAUAUAAUCUGAGUUAUUUUUUGAAUAUUUAUUACAGAUAUUAUUUUACAGUGGUUUUGAAUGUUGUAAAAUUAAAUAAAAUUACAUCUCGGAGAUGGGAAUUAUUUACCAAGAUAUGGAAGAACUAAGAUACAUAUUUUUCUUUAACCUUUUCUGCAGAUCUAUUCUACAGUUUAUUAGAUGCUUUUGAAGUGCCUGUGUCAUGUGUGGUAGGUAUUUAUAAGAUACUUAUUCAGCUACAAUGUAAAAUAGUGAAGUGAUCAAACCUAAUUAGAAAGCCAAUGAAUCUGUUAUUGAAUUAGAACAGUUCUCAUUUCCAUGGCUUUCCUAUAUUUCUCAUUCUGGUUUCCUGCAAUACCUGGCACAAUGGUAAUAAAGAGUAUCUUCUGCUCCUGAA